UUGUCGGCUUUGUACGAUGCACAGACGUCAUGGAGACGCCCGAAGGGUAUUGACUCUCGCGAGCGCCGCAAGUUCAAGGGCUUGCCGCCGAUGCCCAACAUCGGUUACGGUUCGGCGAAGAAGACGCGACACUUGUUGCCGAACGGUUUUUUGAAGUUCGUUGUCCACAACGUCAAGGAUCUCGACCUCCUUCUCAUGCACAACCGCAAGUACUGCGCUGAGAUUGCGCACAACGUCGCGACCCGCAACCGCGCGGCCAUCGUCGAGCGCGCUCGUCAACUCAACGUGAAGGUGACGAACGCGUCUGCUCGUCUCCGCAGCGAAGAAGACGAAUAA